GAGCUAUCAUCAUUACGUCUGACGACAAGGAGAGAGAGACGCUUGAGGGAGAAGGAAAACAAGUCUCAAACCCAAAGAGAUGACGGAGGAGGACAUGAUGGACUUGGCUCUGCGUCUGAGCGAACAGGAAGCCAGCGUCACGGCGCUCCGACAGCAGCAAAGGAGGGAGGCCAUGAUAAAAAGCAAAUCCAGGAGAGUAUGGGCGGAGAGACACAGUCAAGUCAAACUCUGCUCACUGACACAUCUCUCAGGCUCGGCUCUCGACGGAAACUUUCAUACCCCAAUGGGAAUAAGCCGUCGGCUGUUGAUGACGAAGCCUCAAAGGACGACUGUAUGUCUGAGACAAACCACAAGACAGGAACAGAAGGAGCUGGAGAAGGAAAUCCGAAAAGGAGCAAAAAGCAGAAAAGGAGAGCAGCAAGUCCUCUGCAGGAGAUGCCAGACUUGUCCCAGACUCAGGAAAUCUCCUCUCAGAUUUCACCCAGCAGAUCCGAGUCUUCCUCAGUUUGUCUGGACUCCCCGCAGAGCUCUGACUCGACCCUGGUCGAAGACUCGCAGCUCCAGAAGUCUCCCAUCUUCCCGCUGACCGGCUGCAGAGCUGCGGUUCAAGUGGACCGACUGAACCAGGACCUGGUGGAAACCUGCAGAAACUCAGGCUUUGUGUUAUGCUCCCAGAACAGUUGGACAUGGACUCAAAAGUCUGCUCAACCCAAGAGCCCCACAUUUCCCCAAAGUGACCUCCCAUCACGACCUAAAAGUCCCAUAUCCAUAGAUGUAGACCAGGAAGGCGACAGAGAGGCGGAGUUGAGCCCUCAAUUUGUGAAGAGUCCCUUAUUCAGCAGCAAUACUCAGCAAGAGCAGAGGUUUCCAAGUGCCUACAAACACCAAAACGCACAGUUCAUCUUCUCUUCUCAGGAGACUUUAAGCCCGUCUAUAAAGACUGGUUCCAGUUCCCCCAACAGCCCGGUGUUCCCUAAAAGCCCUGGUCCCUCCAACAAACUCCCUCUUUCAGAUCAGUUAGGGUUCUCUGACAGUCCUUCCCAAGGGCAGAGAGAUCCGAGUCAGGAUCGAUCUACGAGUCCAGUGUUCGGCCUGACUGCUGCACAGCAGAGGAUUCACACUGAGGGUCCAUCUGACGACAGGAAGGACACAAAGUCUGACGAUCUGAACACAGUCAUGUAUUUACCUGAGUCAGAGGAGCUGAAUGAGAAAUCCAGAGACUGGAACUCAGCUGAGACAGAGCUGACGAGCGAUAUGACACUGGUCUGGUCAGACGAGGACGAUGUCGUGCCGGUGGGCUUUCCCAGUCCCGUCUUCCCUGGAGAGCGACCCAUUCAUCAGGCAGCCUCCCAGAACCACCUGACCUCUCCAGGACCAACCAGGCUGCAGCAAAGCCUGAAUCGUCAGACGCCGCUUCUGGGAACGUUCGGUGAUCAGAGCAGCUCCGACAAACUUGCUCCACCUGGAACUUCUUCCUCCUCUAAGUUCACAAGCCGACGGCAGCGCCGAGAACUAACCCAGGAGGCGGCUGGCAGGGUGUCACCCCCACUGGUGGAGCCUUCAUGUGGGCAGGUGGUGCGAUACUACUGGGGGGUUCCCUUUUGUCCGCGAGGCUUGGACCCAGACACCUACACACAGGUGAUCAUGACUCAGAUGGAGGUUUACGAGAAGAGUCUGAAGCAGGCUCAGAGAUGUCUGCUGAGGAAAGCUGAGUGGGGGGAGGCCGUCCUGCCGCAGCCAGAGAAAUCCCCAUCCCCCGAAGUGCCGGCUGGUUCCCCUCAACAUCACAUUCCUCGGAGAAGAGGCCUCAGACUGAGAGGCAGGAGAACAAAGGAAGCAGCUGAUUCCUUUCCAGCCGAGGCCAAAGAAGUAGAAGACAGGGAGGACGAAGAGGAGCUGCAACACGAAAAGGAAGAAGAGAAGAAUGAGGGCGAUGAGGAGCAGAUGAAUACGGAUGACUGUGAGGUUUGUCCAGAGACGCAGCUGAGCAACAACAACAGCCCACAGGAUCUGAUGAUGGAGUCCGAAGCUGAAGCUGAGAUUUCUUUGCAGCCUCCAACUACAAGUUCUGAGCUGCCUGAGAUCGAGUUGAUCCUCCGAGAGGAUGCUCCAGCUGGUGAAGAGCCACAGGAGGAGGAGGCGGAUGCUUCGGUGGAUGAAAGGAUGGAGAUAAAUGUCGCUGGCUGCAGUGCUGAUUCUGGAGGAAGAAACGAGGAAGAAAAGAACAGGAGGGGUCCACAUGUGGAGGAGGUGAAGGACGGAGGUCCUCAAAGGUCGACCUCUCCUGAGCUGGAACCUGCCGUCGUCCCUGAAAGUCCAAAAGCCUCCAUCGACUGCCCCAUCUGUCAGGCAUCCUUCCCUGCAAAUGAGAUUGAGAUGCAUGCGGCAUACUGUGACGGAGAAGUGGCCGUUGUGGACGAACGGAGGCCUGAAAAGUCUCUGAAGCCUCGGAGGAAGAGAUGGAGGAGAGCCGAAGGAACAGCUGCAGAAACAAACCAGCCCUCUAACACCAGCAGGAACCAAGAGAAGUGUUACAUCUGUCAGAAAACUGUUCCUCUGAGAGACUACAACCGACACACGGAGCUCUGCAUCCAGCGCCGAGCCCCCAGAUCUGCAGCAAGGGGAAAUCUGCUGUCAGCGCUGGAGCAAACAGAAAGCAGGAAUUCAGAUGCCAGACCGUCUGGAUCCAGAGUCCAGCCAGAAGAUGUUAUUGAUCUGAGGGAUGAUGAUGAUGAUGAUGAUGAAGAGGAGGCUACUUCAGCGUUUAGGAUCAGUAACUCUCCCAUCAGAUCCUUCACUCCCAUCUCCGAGGCUACCGACUGCCUCAUCGACUUCAAAAAACACCAGCAAGCCAAGAAGCCGAGCCAAAGACGAAGAUGAAGACAACGACGACAUCGUGAAGCGUGCCAGAGCUUCGACUAAAAACCCGAAGACUCAGCAGGUCAACGGGAUGUUGUACUUGAAGUUCAGCACCAUCAUCAUGACGCCACCUUCUGGAUAUUUAUGCAGACAAA